GGUAUCUCUGAUCGCAGGGCAGACAGGCAGAGAGUGUAAAAUGGCGCACAGCUGUCGGUGGCGGUUCCCCGCUCGGCCCGGAGGGAGCAGCAACUCCGGUACCGGGAGGAGAGCGGGCCGAGUCAGGGUUACUGCCUCUUUGCGGAGUGUCUCUGGAGCCCACCCUAACGCAGCUGGGCUCGGACCCGGGUUUGAUGCUGCACUACAGGUCUCUUCGGUUAUCGGGAGCAACCUGCAGAAAUUUCGUGAUGUUUUGGGGGAAUCGAGCGACUCGAGCAGCGCGGAGGAAGAAGGGUUUGGAGGAUUUGGAACAGUUGCUGAACAGAAGCAAAUACAGAGCCCUUCCACAAAUUCUUCAGGCACACCCAUACAGGAGAAGAAGCCCAGAGGCCGCCCACCUCGGGCUCCAAAUGCCCAGAAAGCUGCUACAAGUUUACCUGCCUCCUUAUCACUUCCCUCCCACGCACAGGCACAACCUGAGGGCCCCGAAAGGCCAGCAGAGAAGGUGAAAAGACUGCCUGGGAGACCACCUGGCAGUGGGGAAAAGAGAAGAGGCCGCCCCCCUUCUUCAAACAGCAAGAAAGCCUGGAGUACGAGCAGCCAUGCGGCAGGGGAGGACAGCAGGCAGGCUGGGUUCGAAAUGGGCAUUGACACAGAGGGGGACAAAGACAGAAAGGGCGCCAAGAGGCUGCCGGUGGGCUCGGCUCAGCCACAUGACACUGAGGUUAAGCUUCCCAAAGGUGGACGGGGUGAAUCCAAAGUUACCAACCUGAAGAGACUGACAGAGACUAAACUCGCCCCUCUCAAGUCACGCCUCAAGACUCUGCCUGGUGUACCCAGACGCAGACGUGGACGACCACCCUCAGCUGAGCGACUCAAAGCCGAAGCUGCAGCCGCAGCUGCUGCUGCUGCACAGCUGUCUGCCUCCAUUGAAUGUGGGGAAGGAAAGCAUAAGGCCUUCAGGGUCCGAGGUGGGGACAGAGGCACGGAACCGCACGCGCCUCAGCAGCCUAUGCUGAGGGACGUGGACGGUGCCGAGGACCAGGGCUCUUCCAAUCCACCUGCCUCCCCAUCUCCCUCCAAGUCAGGCAGGACGGUGGGUCUCAGAAAAAGCCCUCGGCACAGAAAGCCAGUCAGAAUCGUCCCCCCUUCGAAACGCACUGAUGCUACCAUUGCUAAACAGCUGCUCCAGCGUGCAAAGAAAGGAGCACAGAAGCGACUGGAGAACAAAGCUGUGGCCAUAGGGGGCAGUGGGGCAGGAACUAUUGAAGCUGGCAUUAGGAAGACCCCACUGAAGAACAUCAGGCAGUUUAUCAUGCCUGUGGUCAGCACUGUCUCUCUUCGCAUCAUCAAAACCCCAAAGCGUUUCAUUGAAGACGAGGGGAGUUUUGGGACCCCACCACCUCAUACUAAGAUGGCACGGUUAGAAACGACUCCCACAUCUGUCCCCGCAUCUGCCCAACCACCUUCCACCACGUCCUCAUCUCCUGCUCCGGUACUCGUCUCCUCCACGUCUGCUGUCGCCAGCCCUGGCACAACGGCUCCGAUGGACUCCCUCCCCCCUCCCGCUUCUCCUGCCCCCAUUCCCACUGUUCCAUCGGCCGCUGCCAGUCUGCUCAACAGCAACACCAACAACACAGCCAACGGGCGGUUCAGUAGUAGUGCGCCGUCUUGUGGCUCUAGUGCUGUGUCACAGCAUUCCUCCCAACUCUCGUCUGCAGAGUCUUCCAGGUCCAGCAGCCCGAGCUUGGAUGACUCAUCGUGUGACUCUCAGGCUUCUGAGGCCACGCAGGCUUUGUCAGAACCAGAGGAUCAUUCUCCGUCCUCACAGGGAGAGAGGGAGGCCAACCUGUUACACAGCUCACGGCCGCCCUCUCCCCCUUCUGAGCCAGAGCCAGAGCAUGUGUUGGUGGAAAGGAGUCGGCGAGGCAGGAGAGGGCAGGGGGUCGGCCGGGGAGGUCAGAAACAGAGGGUGCGAGAGGCCCUCACCACUGGAACUAAAAAGCCAAUCAUCAGCCCGCCGACAGGAGUUCUGAUGUCCUCCUCUGCACUUGUAAAUUCCCAGCAAGCUUCAUCCACGGCCUCCUCCUCUUCUUCCCCUCCUCCUCCCCCUCUCCUCACCCCUCCACAGCCCACCCAGUCCGGUUCCGCCAACGCGACUGCCAUCGCUGAACAUCACCCCCAGUCGUCGUGGAUGCCUCACCCCAUCCCGCCGUUCCUGCCCGGGUCGCUGUCGAGCUUGUCAGACAAACGAAACCGCUCCAUCCUGAAGGAGCCCACCUUCCGCUGGACAUCCCUGUCCCACCCUAGGCAUCAGUACUUUUCCUCUGCUAAAUAUGCAAAAGAGGGCCUCAUUCGGAAGCCCAUAUUUGACAACUUCCGUCCUCCCCCUCUCACACUUGAAGAUGUUGGGCUGCUGCCCCAGGGCGUUGGUGGAGCAGGGGGAGCUGCUCCAGUCGCGUUUCCAGCACCAGGCAGCGGAGCAGGAACAGGGACGCGUCUGUUUGCUCCUCUUCACCCGCACGCCCACCACCAACAUCCCUCGUCGUCCCGCUUCGACACGCCACUCCAGAAGCGCAGCCCGUUGCUUCGCGCCCCACGUUUCACUCCCAGCGAGGCCCACUCUCGAAUAUUUGAGUCUGUUACCCUGCAGUCGUCCUCCGGCAGCAGCCCCGGUUCCCUCUCCCCGCACCAGACGUCCUCCAGCUCCGGCAGGACGUCGCGGCGCAGGAGGCGGCUGGUCUCGGGAACAGUGCGCGGCCACCCGAGGUCUCAGUCUCACUCAAUGACCAGACGCAGCAGCCAAAUAGGAGGCCAGAUGUCUGUGGGGAAAGGCACCCCUGAGAUGUCUGUGCUGACAGGCUCUGUCUCCACUAGUAGCCCCAGUUCUUUGCCCGGGGUGUCUGCAAGUUCACUAGCCACUAGUGCCUUAACUCCUCCUCCUCCUUUCAGCACCUUCUCCACUGUAUCGCGGGGUUUGUCCUCUCAAGGAACACCUGAUAGCAGAAGAGGGGCCACUGGAAACCCACCUCCUAUGUCAACUACUUCAUCAACUUCUUCCCCACUUUUCCCUCAUUUCCCUGCCCAAGACACGGGGCGAGGAGCCGGGAAAGGAGGCAAAGAAAAAAGCUCGUCAGCUCUGCAAGAACCUGCUCCAAAGGAAAAAGAAAGGGAUUCUGAGAAAAGCCGUGAGAAAGAGAAGGAGAAGGAGAAUAAGAGGGAAGGGAGAAAAGAUUUGGACAAAAGAAGUAAGGUCUCUACACCAGAUGGCUCCCCCAAUGCGCCUUCUGGCAUGUUUACUGUAGAUGGAGACUCGGAAAGUGCUCUCUCAUCUCUCGCUCCAAAAAAGACUCCAGGUAGAAAGAAAUCAACAUCUGCUGACACGGUUUCUGACACGGCUUCCUCAGAUGUGCGUGGGCUCCACUCCCCUGUUCCUGUGUCCAUUGCUAAAGGACGUCUACCUAAGAAAGGCAGAGUUUCUGAAAAAGGAGCAGAGACGGAGGACGGGGAAAAGGAGAAAGAGAAACGAAGUGCUCCUAGCCAGCAGACCGCAAGCCUUCCAGCGCAGCCCGGCAGACAACAGCUCCCUGUCUCCUCUCUUCGAACAGUGUUGGCACAAGCAGAGAAACAUCCUGUGACUGACAAGCAGGUAGUCGGACUACUGAAAAAGGCCAAAGCCCAGCUCUUUGAGAUAAAGAAGAAUAAGCUGAAGCCUGCAGAGCAGACCAAGGUCCAGGGUCAGGAGAGUGACUCGUCAGAGGCCUCGGUACGUGGCCCACGCAUCAAGCAUGUAUGUCGGCGUGCAGCUGUGGCUCUCGGCCGUAACCGGGCAGUGUUCCCCGACGACAUGCCCACACUUAGUGCCUUGCCCUGGGAGGAGAGAGAGAAGAUCCUAUCUUCCAUGGGGAACGAUGACAAGUCUUCAGUAGCAGGCUCUGAGGAAGCGGAGCCUCAGUCCCCACCAAUAAAGCCACGGGAAACUCGACAAAAAUCGGUUCAAGAAGCUCCUCCUAAGAAGGGUCGACGGUCGCGGCGAUGUGGUCAGUGCUCAGGCUGCCAGGUUCCAGAAGAUUGUGGCGUCUGUACCAACUGUCUCGACAAGCCCAAGUUCGGAGGGCGAAACAUUAAAAAGCAGUGCUGCAAGAUGAGAAAGUGUCAGAACCUGCAGUGGAUGCCCUCAAAGAUGCUUCAAAAGCAAGGCAAAGGCAAGAAAGACAAGAAAAAGAACAAGCUGUCUGAGAAGAAGGACGGUCUCAAUCCGGUAAAAGGACCAAACUCAGAGUCUGGCCCUAAACCUCCAGCUCCAUCAAAGGAAGACCCUGCACGUAAAAAGUGUGAGACUCCUCCUUUAAAGCCGGGAGAGGAAAAGACGAGACCGCAGCCGCUAUCGAGGCAGCCAUCCCCGGACCUCUCAUCCUCCCCUUCCCCAGACGAUCCUUCUCAGGCCCCCAGCGCGGUCACAGUCCGGACUCCUUCUCCAGACCUGACACCGGACCCCAAACAGCUCUCAGGCACGAGCAGCGUCCCCAGUAAAAAGGGACACAAACCACAGCAAUCUGCACCAGCUUCCACCUCCUCCUCGUCAUCCUCUUCCACAUCGUCAUCUUCGUCAUCCUCGUCAUCGUCCUCCUCUGCUUCGUCUUCGGCCCAGAAUUCCCCGUCCCAGUCUACGCAGUCUCACCAACCGUCGCAGCAGCAGCAGCAGCAGCAGCAGCAGCAGCAGCAGCAACAACGGGCUCUUGCGAGUCAGCCACUUUCAAAAAAAGAUUCCUCGCCCAAGUUUCCUCUGCCCGAAUCCAAGAAGAAAAUCCAGCAGGUCUCAGUUCAACAGCAGAGCUCAACUCCAACUAUUUCAGAGAUUGUUGAAUCAAAGCUCCAGAAGAAGCCAACCUCUCGCUCUGUUCCUCUGUCUCCCAAACAGAGACCAAAAGACAAGCCACUGACCAUCAAACCACCCGGCAGCAGUACUUUAAACUGGCUGAGCACUCCCUCGACUAGGGGCCAGGUGAAGUCCAGAGCGCCCUGCGACGGAGUGCAUCGUAUCAGAGUGGAUUUCAAGAGGGACCAUGAUGUGGAGAAGGUGUGGGAGGCUGGAGGCCUCAGCCUUCUCACCUCCGUGCCUGUCACACCCAGGGUGCUCUGCUUCUUAUGCGCGAGCAGUGGAAAUGUCGAGUUUGUCUUCUGCCAGGUUUGCUGUGAACCGUUCCAUCUCUUUUGCCUGGGGGAGUCGGAGCGCCCUCUCCAGGAGCAGUUUGAGAACUGGUGUUGCCGACGAUGCCGAUACUGCCAGGCCUGUGGGCGCCAGCACCAGAAAACUAAACAGCAGCUGCUAGAGUGCGAUAAGUGCCGCAACAGCUAUCACCCGGAGUGCCUGGGUCCCAACCACCCGAACAGACCCACCAAAAAGAAGAGAGUCUGGGUUUGCACCAAGUGUGUGCGCUGUAAGAGUUGUGGAGCCACGAAACCUGGGAAGUCUUGGGAUGCCCAGUGGUCGCACGAUUUCUCCAUGUGUCAUGACUGUGCCAAACUCUUUGCUAAAGGGAACUUCUGCCCACUGUGUGAUAAGUGCUAUGACGAUGAUGACUAUGACAGCAAGAUGAUGGAGUGCGGCCGUUGCAACCAUUGGGUUCAUGCCAAGUGUGAGAAUCUUACAGAUGAAAUGUACGAACUGCUGUCAAAGCUGCCAGAGAGCGUCGCCUACACGUGUACCAAAUGUACUGAGCGCCAUCCGGCCGAGUGGAGGACGGCUUUGGAGAGGGAGCUUCAGGGCCGCAUUCGCCAUGUCCUUACUGCACUGCUCAACUCCCGCACAUCCACACAUCUAUUACGCUACAGACAGGCGGUCAAGCCUCCAGAGCUGAACCCGGAAACAGAGGAGAGUCUUCCAUCCCGUCGUUCCCCAGAAGGCCCGGACCCUCCGGUCCUGACCGAAGCCGCCUCCGCACCUCCCACUGACUCCCCUCCAGACCUGGAGUCUGUUGAGAAAAAGAUGGAUCAGGGCCGUUACACUUCACUGCUGGACUUUAGCGAUGACAUUGUGCGAAUCAUUCAGGCAGCCAUUAACAGUGACGGAGGCCAGCCCGAGAGCAGGAAAGCCAACAGCAUGGUGAAGUCUUUCUUCAUUCGGCAAAUGGACCGAAUCUUCCCGUGGUUCAAAGUGAAGGAAUCCAGUUUCUGGGAAAGGAAAAAAGUCUCUGCCAACAGUUUGCUCCUCCCCAAUGCUGUGCUGCCUCCGUCCCUGGACCACAACUAUGCCCAGUGGCAGGAGAGACAGGAGCUUUCCCGCGCUGAGCACCCACACUUCAUGAAGAAGAUCAUCCCAGCUCCCCGGCCCAAAACCCCCGGUGAACCAGAUUCUCCCACCUCCCCUCCUCCGCUACCUCCCUCUCUACCCCCACCACCACCACUUCUGCCUGACCGUGAAGACAGCCCAGAGCUCCCUCCUCCGCCUGGUGUCACUGACAACAGGCAGUGUGUUCUUUGUCUGAAGUACGGAGACGAGAACACUAAUGAGGGCGGACGGCUGCUGUACAUCGGCCAGAACGAGUGGACCCAUGUGAACUGUGCUCUGUGGUCGGCUGAAGUGUUUGAAGACGACGAUGGCUCUUUGAAAAAUGUUCACAUGGCUGUUCUCAGGGGAAAACAGCUGCGCUGUGAGAAGUGUCAAAAGCCAGGGGCCACAGUUAGCUGCUGCCUCACCUCUUGCACCAGUAACUACCACUUCAUGUGUGCCCGCCAGUGCCACUGCAUCUUCCUGGAGGACAAAAAAGUCUACUGUCCGAAGCACAGGGACCUCAUCAAAGGAGAAGUGGUGUCUGGGUUUGAGGUGACGCGCAGGAUCCUGGUGGACCUAGAUGGCAUUAGUCUCAGGAGGAAGUGGCUGUCAGGACUGGAGCCUGAAAAUGUCCACAUGAUGAUAGGUUCCAUGACCAUCGAUUGUUUGGGAAUACUGACUGAACUGUCAGACUGCAAACGCAGACUCUUCCCUGUAGGAUACCAGUGCUCACGGGUGUACUGGAGUACUUUAGAUGCCCGAAAGCGAUGUGUAUAUACCUGUAGGAUCCUAGUUUGCCACCCUCCAGUGGCGGAGUCUGACCUGAAGAGCAUGAUGGCUCCUGAAGAGAACCGCACAAUAGCCCACAGCCCACCUCCCAUAACAGACUUUCCUGAUCCAUUUGAAUCACCAAGGCGUUCUGAGACCCUUUCCCCCACCACCACCCCCAAGCUCAGGGUUUACACCAGGAAUCGACACCCCAGCUACCCCCCUUGUCAGCGCUCACUAGGUCCCAGGCCCAUGCCAUCUCCAGGAGGUACCUCGCAGCCCCAAAGCCAUGAGAUAGUGACAGUGGGAGACUCCCUGGUAAACCCCAGCAUGCGGAAUAGUGACUCGCGUCGUCACAGCUCCCCUUCUCUCUCUCCUCCUCCCCACCAGCUGAACAGACAGAGAGGGGUCACCUCCUCGCCGCAGAUUUUGUCACGACCUCUCACCUCGCCCCCUCCCCUCAUUCCAUCCCCUGCCAGAGACCCGGAAAAGUCCAGACAUCUCAGCAAAGACUCGAAAUGUCCGGUCCAGAGAGACGAUGAGAGGGGUCGGCUGUUUUCCGCGGACAGGAACAAACAGCAACCAUCCAGAGACACAGACAGGGGGAGGACUUCGAGUCGAGACCAAGCUUCUAAGGAUUCUGACAAGAGUCGAUCGUCCAGAGAACUUGGGCAAAAAGACUCUGACAAGGGCGAAAUAUCAGCCAAAGAAUCAGAAAAGAAGAGGCCACUGAGCAAAGAUUCUGGUCUGAGAGAAGUGGAGAGGGGAAGACCUCUCAGUAGAGAUCCCUUAAGGGAUUCAGAGAAGGUGAGACAAGUAAACAGGGACUCUGAGAAGGGUAGACAGCAAAGCAGAGAGUCGAGCACUAGGGAAACGGAUAAGAGUAAAUCAUCGUCGAGAGAUCCAAGCUACAAGGAUGGGGACAAAGCACGGUCACUCAGUAAAGAUUCAGGACUAAGGGACUCUGAGAAGCAUAGACAUUAUGGCAGGGAAACAGGAAAACCCUCAGGCCAAGGAAAAGACAGGUCAUCUAGUAGAGACCCUGACAAGGGUAGACUUUCCUCUAGAGAUUCCAGUUAUCGAAACAUAGAGAGAAACAAAGACUCUGGCUCAGGGAAAGACAGUAACCCCGGUAGUCAGUCCAAACUGACAGGAGGUGAGAGUAAGAGCCCAAGAUUGGCACCUGCAGGCUCAGGCCAGUCUUCCCCUCCUGUGGGCACUGCUGUUCUCACAAGUCAGCAGAGAGGUGGCAUCACCAAGCAGGCAGACCGACAAGGGAAACACGGAAGCAAAGAUCAGGAAGUUUCUGCAAGCCUCAAUUUGUUGCCUCGUCACCGGUCCACGCCCACCUCAAACAUCCAGUGCAAGGACAAGGCCAGCUCAGGGAAGGAGAGUAGUAGUGGCACUGGAAAUGUAAUAGCAUCUUCACUCCAUAAGGACUCUGUUGUUGGGAAAUCUGGCUCCCCGCAACCUUCAUUUCAGAAAUCCCACACACGGAAAUCAAACGAUUACUCGUCAGGUCCAGCCACGGCAGCAGCUGUGAAACCGCUGUGGUUGUCAAGGACAUCAGCAGAAGACGAUGCCGUUAAACGAGGCUCCAUGCACCUGGCCUCCCCAGCUGCAGCCUCAGCUGCCAAAGACAAACAGCCCAAAGUUAAGACAGCAGGCAGCAGAGACGUGUCCAAAGACCGCGAUAGAGAUAAGACCCUUCAAAACAGCAACAGCAGCAACAAGAUUCCCCUUCUCAACAACAAUACUAAAGCCACUGGCAGCUCCAACACUCAUGCUACAAACCCCAGCUGUCACAACAGCAGCAAUAGCAAAGCUCCAGUGCUCGGAAACAGCACCAAAGCCCCUGGGAAGGCUCAGGGGGAGAAGUACGAGAAUCAGGGAGGCGACAGGCCCUCGUCAAAGAGCAGAGAAAAUUACUCCUGUCCGGAGAGGAAGAACAGCUCCAGUCUGGACAACUUGCAGCAGCUGCAGCAGGCUGGUGUAACCGCGGAGAAAAGCGUGAAAACGUCUUCCCAGUCUCACACCAAACAAACAACCAAUCAGCUGCCGCUGUCGUCCAGAGAGACGAAGCGAUCGGUUAAACCGGCCACUGCUGCUCCGCUGAAGACCGAUGUCAAAACCGACCCUAAUGGGACCAGCACUGUCGGGGGUAUUUCCUCUUCCUCCUGUUCCACAACCACUGCCUCCACUGUCUCUCCUGCUGGCCAGGGGAGUCGUCGCUCCGCCCGCUCCGCUCUCCUCUCCUCGCCAUCUGCCAGCAGCAACGACAGCUCCGAAUCUGACACCCAGACCCAGACGGAGGACGACGAGCUGCACAAAGAGCACUCGUGCAGCGAGCUCAGAGACCACCGCGGCCUCCUCACUCAAGGCACCGAGGACGAGGGCGAUGGCCCGGAAGAUGACCACGACAGAGGCAUGGAAGACAAACACCACGAGGACGACAGUGACGGAUCGGGCUCAGCUAAGCGCCGUUACCCUCGACGCAGCGCCCGUGCACGCUCCAAUAUGUUCUUUGGCCUCACGCCCUUCUACGGGGUUCGCUCAUACGGUGAGGAGGACCUUCCCUUCUACGGCAGCGGGGACGGAGCCGGGAAUGUGGUCAAGAGGAGGACUGGUGGCCGCAAGAAGUCAGCUGAGGGGCAAGUGGACGGGGCCGAUGACAUGAGCACCUCGUCUUCAUCGGGGGACAGCGGAGACGACGACGACAGUGGAAUGAAGCACAGGGGUAAAGACCCUUACUACUACAACUUCACCCGAACAAUAAUUAACCCCGGUGACGGCCUGCCGUCUAUAGAAGGAUUAGACCAGUGUCUGGGAAGGGGAUCCCAGCUUCAGCGUUUUCUUAAAGACGAGGAGCAGCAACAACAAAGGGCUCAAGAAAAAGUUGAAGAGGACAUGCUGAGUGCUCUGACCUUAGGAAAGCAGCGCAUCGGCCAGCUCGAUGGGGUUGACGACGGCUCAGAGAGCGACACCAGCAUCUGCACCACUAGCACCACAACCACUACGGCCACCUCCUCUUCUACCCCGCAUAAGAGCGCUCCUAAGAGGAGGGGCAGAGAAAGACACGCCGAGAAGCACGACUCCCGCGACUCGAGUAAGGAAGCCGACAACAGCGGUGGAGCGGUGAGCGGCAACACGCGAGAAGGCAGAAAGAACCAGAAGGAGAACUGUCUUCCUCUAGGAGGCGGGGUCAAGUCCCAGCCGCAGAGUCAGGGUCAGGAUCCCCUUGAGGCCCAGCUGUCCCUCAGCACAGACCUGCUCAAAUCCGACUCUGACAACAACAACAGUGAUGACUGCGGGAACAUUUUGCCGUCGGACAUCAUGGAGUUCGUCCUGAACACACCUUCCAUGUCACUGCCAGCUCUGGGUCAGCAGUCUGAGCCGUCUUCCUCAGAGCUGCUGCUGGACGAGGGCUACGUAGGGGUUGAUGUCAACAGGCGCAAAGACAUACUGUUUGACGACUUUUCAACGCCACUGCCCAGUGCUGAAAGCGGAGGGGUGGUGGAGAGUAGUGUGAAUAGCUCCAUAUCUGUCGAGGAGCCGUAUCUUCCUCUGGAGUUGCCCUCUGACCUUUCCGUCUUGACCACACGCAGCCCUACCGUCAGCACCAGCCAGAACCACACCGCUGGGAGUCUCAUCUCAAACACCUCGGACCGCGGCAUGCUGGGCCUGAACUCUGACCAGGACACCAUCAGCGGAGAAAAGAGUGGGGACAAGAAGAGGGCGGGGCCAGGCGUGUCGCCAGCGGAGAAUCAGCACGAUGCCACAACUUUGGGAAACAGGGACACGCAGGUCACUGAAGGCCACAUGACCCCCGAGCAGUUUAUUCCCAGCCCUGCUAUUAGCCAGGUGGUCGAAGCCCCCGCUAACCAGGACGUUCCCAGCAGUUCCAGCACACCUGGUUUGCCAAGUUCUCCAUCCCUGCCUCUUCAGGGCCAGAAGUACAUCCCAGCAUCAGCAGCAGCUGCAGGCAGCCCCAGUCCAGUGUCCGGCCCAGGACCUUCCCAGGGUCAGGUCUCCAGCCCGGCAGUCAUCAAACCGGGGCCCGACAAGCUCAUUGUAGUCAAUCAGCAAUUCCAGCCUCUCUAUGUUCUCCAGCCCGUUCCUAAUGGUGUCACUCAAAAGAUGGACAGUAGCUCUCCUGCCGUGCUGAGCUCCAUGACUCUUACCACAGGGUUAAACACCGGUUUAUCUCCAGCCCAGUCUAUAUUUCCUGCUGGCGGCAAAGUCCUGGGCACCAUGUCUCACCCCUCUCAGAUCCACACCUUCACAGGGCCCACACAGGCGGGCUUCCAGACAGGAAUCCCCAGCACCACGUCGGGGCUCAUCAUCGGUUUGCCCUCUCAGUCCCACGACCAGCCCCAGAUUCUGGUCUCGGAGGCCGGUCGACCGCACGAGCUGAGUCACAGCGUUGCCAUAGUUUCCAGUCCUUCCUCCCUCACUUCUUCCCCGACUCUAAUUGCCUCCGCUCAUGGCAAGAAGAGGCCUAUUUCUCGUCUUCUGCCAAGAAAAAGCAAAAAGUUAGCCCGCUCCCGUAGCCAGCCCACCCUGGCUCCGUCUGAAGUAUGCCCUCCCAACAUGACCCUCAUCAACUUGUCUUCCCCUCAGAUUACUGCUAGCAUCCCUGGUCAGCCUGGUGGUCUGGUGGAGUUAGGUACCCUGUCCACUACCCAGCGCAAGGUUCCCAAUAUCAUCAAGAGACCAAAGUCAGGUGGGGUUAUGUACUUGGAUCCCACCACGCUCAUUCAGCAGAGGAUCCCUGGUACAGCCCAGCCUGGUAUUCUGGGUCACGAUUCCUCCACUCAUCUCCUACCUUGCACCGUCUCUGGUCUCAACCCCAGUCAGUCUGUGUUGAAUGUUGUGUCCAUGCCCCCUAGUGGUGCUGCUAGCCUCAUUGCACCAGGCUCGGUGUCACUCUCCACCCCUGUCCUCAGCUCCACCGAGAUCACAGGGCAGAUCAGCAACCUCCUUUUUAAAGCAGGUCCUCACGGAUUGGGUCUGUCAGAUCAGCCAGUAGUCCUUCAGUCAGCGUCGGGGGCUCCUCUGAUGUCGCAGCUCAGCUCGUCCGUUCAGACAUCUAUAGCGAGCAGCAUCUGCGUCCUGCCCACCCAGCAGACUAUUAGCAUGGCUGUCAACCAGCAAGGAGAGACAGAAGGCAGUAAUGUUCACUUACAGCAUCAGUCUCAGCCCAUUAACAGAGUCCAGACUGUGGACUCCUGUCCAAACAACACUGUCACUUUAGCUCCCAACCCAUCCACCCCUCUAAGCCCUGCCAAGGGACGUGUUGUUGGAGUGUUCACGCAUACACAGGCCUCUGCACACUCCCAGAGCAGCAGAACAACUCCGAUUUCCAGAUCAUCAGAACAAAGGCCGCUGAAUUCCACCGCGGUAGUGUCAGGAGCUGCCGCAGUUCCAGGAGUGGAAAAGGGAAAACACAAAGCGAAGAGGAACAGGCAGAGUGCAGACAUAAGCAGUGGAAAGAAGCUCAAGGCCUCUCAGGCAGAGGAACAUCGCAGCAGCCCUGCUGGACGCCAGCCAUCCUCAAACCCAAGCUCCAAAGAGCUGAGCUCACCUGAGCCUAUGGACACAGGAAAGCCUCCAGAUAAGGCGGCCGGCAAGAGUGUACUCGGUAAGAAGAAGUCAUCGGAAGGACACAUUUUACCCGGGAAAGUAGUGGGCAAAGACAAACCAUCUACAGCUGGAGGAACGGGAUCUCUUCCUGUGUCUUUACCACCGGACCAGGAUGGCAACAGCAGGGAUACCGGCUUGGAUAGCAAACCCAAAAAAGGCAUCAUCUUUGAAAUCUGCAGCGAGGACGGCUUCCACAUUCGCUGUGAGAGCAUCGAAGAGGCCUGGAAAUCCCUGACUGACAAGGUACAAGAAGCUCGCUCCAAUGCACGACUCAAAGAGCUCUCAUUUGAUGGUGUGAAUGGACUGAGAAUGCUCGGAGUCGUUCAUGAAGCGGUGGUCUUCCUGCUGGAGCAGCUGUACGGCUCCAGACACUGUCGAAGCUACCGCUUCCGCUUCCACAAACCCGAGGAAACCGACGAACCUCCCAUCAAUCCCCACGGCUCGGCCCGGGCAGAGAUCCACCACAGGAGGUCUGUAUUUGACAUGUUCAAUUUCUUGGCCUCAAAACAUCGCCAACCUCCUGAGUUCAGGCCGCAGGAAGAGGAUGACGAGGAGGGGCAACUCCGGACAGCCAGGCGUGCCUCUAUGGAGCUACCGCUUGCUGUGAGAUUCAAACAGCUCAAGGCCACCUCGAAGGAAACUGUUGGAGUGUACAGGUCUCCAAUUCAUGGCCGAGGUCUCUACUGCAAGAAAACCAUUGAGGCUGGGGAGAUGGUCAUCGAAUACUCUGGAAAUGUCAUCCGGUCUGUGCUCACGGACAAACGGGAGAAAUAUUACGAUGGAAAGGGGAUCGGCUGUUACAUGUUUCGCAUCGACGACUACGAGGUGGUGGACGCCACGGUGCACGGCAACGCCGCCCGCUUCAUCAACCACUCCUGCGAGCCCAACUGCUACUCUCGGGUGAUCACCGUGGACGGCCAGAAGCACAUCGUCAUCUUCGCCUCUCGCCGCAUCUACUGUGGAGAGGAGCUCACGUACGACUACAAGUUCCCCAUCGAGGACGCCAGCAACAAGCUGCCCUGCAACUGCGGCGCCAAGAAGUGUCGCAAGUUCCUCAACUGAUGCCUGUUCCUGCAGAGAGGAUUGUUGAGCAGCAGUGCCACAAUGAUCUGAGGACGCCCCCUGCUGGGGGUUCGCCACGGCACUGCCUUCAUGAUGAUUUUAUGGUCUUACGAAGGACCACAGCUGCCGACAGGCCGCGAUCUCUCAGCGUUUCUGCUGCCGAUGUUGGCAGAUCGCUUCAGAGAUGGAGCUUGUUGGCGUUACUGUAUAUGCAGAAAGCGCCAUUUUGGAGGACGGGCCAUUUGUAGAAAUUCUGUGCCUCCUUUUUGUCUCAUUUACAUUUGGCACCGGAAGUUUCACCCCCCGAGGUGAGUAAUGAAUUCACAGCAUUGCAAUAUCAACUUUAAUUUCAUAUUUGGAUGAUAAAGUUACCCCUUCAUAAUGUUUUUUUACAUUGGCCCAUCCUCCUUAAUUUUCUACAAAUAUGUUAUGAUCUACUAAAGUGAACAUAGAAAAAAAAAAAUCAAAGAUCUUGGUUCCAUUUUACACCAAAGUGCAAUUUGUUGAAGGGACAGUAAUUUUACUAGAAGUAAAAAAUUAGAUUUUGUUUUUAUUUUUUAUCUCCGUGUCAGCUGUUAUCGAUGCACAACUCCAUGUCUGAAUGUGCCCUGAUGCCUACAGAGCUGUUGUGAUUUUACAGGAACCUUCCCCUAAAUGUUUUUUUUUUUUUUUUUUUUUUUUUUAUAUUUUUUUUUAAUUAAAAGCUUGUAAGUGUGUACAUUUGACACUGUAAAUAGGAGCUGCUCCUGUUUAGCAGUCUGUUGGGAGCUGUACAGGUGGGAACACUAGAGGGAGCCACAGGAAGGAAAAGAGCAAAAAAAGGAGGGAGAUGGAUUCUUUAAAUAUUUGGCCGUUUGCGUAAAGGAUGACAUCAGAGGUUGAGGCCGCCUGAUGUACUUAAAUGGACUUUUGGAGUCUUGACAUGUUGGUAGCUAUGUAGACAUGUUGUUGAUGGGAUGAAGCCUCUGGCCUGAGAGAGCGAGGCAGCUAGAGAUUCUGGUGGACUGACAGCCGAGGGACCAGAGAAACCUACUGAUGUGCUUGAGUAGACGUAUUUAUAAUUGAUUUUUUAUUUUUUUUUGGAGGCGUGCAGACAGACGUGUUCGUGCAUGCUGUUGGUUUUAUCAGUUUUUCUUUUUUUUUUCUUUUUUGUUUUUUUUUGGUAAUUGUACGAUCUCGGACUUUUGAACCACGUUCCAAAUUACAGCAGCAAAGAGAACCAAACAUCACGCCCUCGAAUUGAACUUUGACACAGCUUGUUUUCUUCUUGGCCUGUUGUGAUAACCAUGGGGGGGGGGGGGACUUUUUUUAUUUGUAUUAAGUCUUCUA